CCUCUUUAGAAUGACCCAGUUCGAGUGACAGAUGGCAAUUUCCAUAGUCUGCUAUAAUUUUUAAUAAUAAAAAUAAAAUAAUAAAAAUGGUCGACGAAUCCACGAGAAAAACAUUAAGUAGUAUUCCUUUAUUACAAACUAAAGCAGGUCCUCGUGAAAAGGAUUUAUGGGUUCAAAGAUUAAAAGAAGAAUAUCAAGCCCUCAUAAAGUAUGUCCAAAAUAACAAAGCUGCCGAUAAUGACUGGUUUCGUCUAGAAUCAAAUAAAGAAGGAACAAAAUGGUUUGGAAAAUGUUGGUAUAUUCAUAAUCUUCUCAAAUAUGAGUUUGAGAUUGAAUUUGACAUUCCUGUUACGUUUCCAACUACUGCUCCUGAAAUAGCGUUACCUGAAUUAGAUGGGAAAACUGCCAAAAUGUACAGAGGAGGCAAAGUUUGUUUGACUGAUCAUUUUAAACCUUUAUGGGCCAGAAAUGUUCCAAAAUUUGGAAUUGCUCACGCCAUGGCUCUGGGUCUUGGACCAUGGCUUGCGGUUGAAAUUCCUGAUCUCAUCGAAAAAGGUGUUAUAUGUCACAAUGAUAAAAUAGAUCAAGGAAAAUAAUUUUGUUAACCCGUCAGCAGUUGCGCCUUUUUUAGUGUCUCACUUGCACUCUAAGAGCGCCCUAUAGGUCGAGUAGUGUUGCGUGAGACUUUUUCUCACGGCGCGACCGCUGACGGGUUAAAUUUACUACUAUAUGUACAUAUUCACUAUUUUCUACUAUAAAAGUUAGUUUAUUUUCUUAACUUUUAAUAUAAUAAUAAAAGAUCAUUAUAAUA